ACGGAAAGCGUGCGCGCGCCGCCUAGGGAGGAUGAGCCGCACGCGCUCAGAGUCUGGCAUAAUGGAGGACAGAUAGGGAACAAUCUAAAUAGCAGCUCCUCAACUGUUGAUUCGAAUUUAGUUUUCGUCCCGGACUCGUCAGCUAAUUUGGACUCGACACCAGCUCGCUUGGACCGAACCGGCCCCCUGACUCCUACCAAAAUGCCGAACAUCAAGAUUUUUAGCGGCAGCUCACAUCCGGAUCUGUCUCAGAAAAUAGCUGACCGUUUGGGGCUCGAACUCGGGAAGGUGGUAACCAAAAAAUUUAGCAACCAGGAAACAUGCGUGGAGAUAGGAGAGAGUGUGCGUGGAGAAGAUGUCUACAUUGUGCAGAGUGGCUGUGGGGAGAUAAAUGACAAUUUGAUGGAGCUGUUGAUCAUGAUCAACGCUUGCAAGAUUGCCUCAGCCUCCAGGGUCACUGCCGUCAUCCCCUGCUUCCCCUAUGCCCGGCAAGACAAGAAGGACAAGGUGGGGAGCCGGGCUCCAAUCUCUGCCAAGCUGGUGGCCAACAUGUUGUCUGUGUCAGGAGCUGAUCAUAUUAUAACGAUGGAUUUGCAUGCCUCACAAAUACAGGGAUUCUUUGAUAUACCUGUUGAUAACUUGUACGCAGAGCCAGCUGUGCUGAAGUGGAUCAAGGAAAACAUCCCUGAAUGGAAAAACGGCAUCAUCGUCUCACCUGAUGCAGGAGGAGCCAAAAGAGUUACAUCUAUAGCAGACAGACUGAAUGUGGACUUUGCUCUGAUUCACAAGGAAAGAAAAAAGGCCAACGAAGUUGAUCGCAUGGUUCUUGUAGGCGAUGUUACGGAUCGCGUCGCCAUUCUGGUGGACGACAUGGCUGACACGUGUGGGACAAUCUGCCAUGCUGCUGACAAGCUAAUUUCUGCCGGCGCCACCAAGGUGUACGCCAUCUUGACCCACGGCAUCUUUUCUGGUCCAGCCAUUUCACGCAUCAACAAUGCCUGCUUUGAGGCUGUGGUGGUCACCAACACGAUUCCUCAGGAGGAGAAGAUGAAGCAUUGUUCCAAAAUACAGGUUAUAGACAUCUCCAUGAUCCUUGCGGAGGCCAUUCGCAGAACUCACAACGGGGAGUCCGUCUCUUAUCUGUUUAGCCACGUUCCCCUGUAGCAACCUCGUCGUCUGUGCGCUGUUGACACCGAAAACAAAGGAAGACGAGAAAAUCCCACUAACUAACCAUGGAGGGGGAAAAAAACAAACACAGAAUAAACGAAAUGUCUGUUACUAACACAUC